AUGUGAAAACACCAUAUUCUUGUACGUAGAAUGCUAUUCACAUCCCAUUGGUUAGCUACGCUACACCGCAUCCCGCACUGAGGCCAUGUGCCGAUCGCGACAAGCCCACCAGCAGCAAUCCUUGGUGGCCAACUUACCUUGUCACUUGACACCUUCUAGAGUCGUACGGCUACGGGAUCAUAUUUCGCCUUGGCGAGAACCACAGCGCUGGGUCCUGAAUACUCCGACAGGGGCGUCCCGUUGGUGCCACGCCACGCCAGCCAGAAUAAUUACUGCCGCCGAGUCUCAGGACAUGUCACGCGCUGUGAGACGUCUCACCGCCGCCGUCCCAGCGGCUGAGCGACGCCAAGGACUCUGCGGCACAGCGAGAUUUCGUCCCCGACUGUUGCAGACUGCCCGACCAUGGAUCUAGACUCUUCAGGGCGAUAGGCGGCCGCGGGGGAAAUGAGCAGCGUUGCUUGGCGAUGAGACGAGCCACGAUGGCCUGCACAAUUUGCGCCAAGAGAUUGCACCCCAGGCACAACGAUCGGCACGAUGUCGAAAUAAGGAUCGCGUGCGAGUGACAGUGGGAACAAUGGCAAUGGGGCCUUUGUUGGUUACACCGUCCCGGGGAUCAUGCAUUUU